GCGUCGGUGUCAAAGGUACUUCCGGGUGCGCCACCGGCUGCUUUAGGAAUCCUGCGUUGGAGACAGGCGGCGGAGGCACCUUUGUUGAGAACAUGGACCGGAGAAAAAAGCCUUUGGACGUCACUGCAUCCUCGUUAGUAGAUCUUAAGGCUGAACUCUUCCGAAAACAAGAAGAAUUCAAACAAGAAAAACUUCUAAAAGAUUCUGGAGUUUUUGGAAAACCAAAGACAACUAAUAAGAAACCGAGUAUCUGGAGCAAGCAAAAUGCAGGAGUUUCAAAUCGAGCUGAGAAGGAUGCAGAGCAGAAGAUUGAAGAGCAGAAGACGUUAGACAAAGCAAGGGAAAAAUUGGAAGAAAAGGCCAAAUUAUAUGAAAAAAUGACUAAAGGUGACUUUAUAGAUGAAGAAGUGGAGGAUAUGUACCUCGUGGACUUCACCCAGAAGAUCAUAGACAAACGUAGAGAAAUGGAGGCACUGGGCACCAGUAGAGAGCCCCGAAAGGUGGACGACAGGGACGAGGAUGACGAUGUUCCUGAUGGAGAUGUGCCCCCUCCCCAAAACCCCGGCGAAGAGUGGGUGGAUUAUGUGGACUCUUUGGGGCGAUCCCGGCGCUGCAUGAGAAAGGAUUUGCCAGACCUGUUGGAGAUGGACAAGAACCUUCAGGGGAGACUUUUCGUGAGUCCUGCUAAUGAGAAGACGCUGCUGUCAGAGGACAUGAGGAAGGAGCUUCAGCGCCAGCAGUGGGAGGAGGAGGAACGGGAGGCCCUGCGGCGGCCUGUGGGGCCCGUGCACUAUGAGGACAUCCGGGAGAACGAGGCCCGGCAACUUGGUGUUGGAUAUUUCGCUUUUGCCCAAGACAAAGAGCUCAGAAACAAGCAAAUGAAAACUCUGGAGAUGCUACGGGAGCAGACAACAGAUCAGAGAACAAAACGAGAAAACAUAAAGGAGAAACGAAAGGCUAUAUUAGAAGCAAGACUUGCCAGACUUCGACAAAAAAAGAUGAAAAAGUCAAAAGAAGAUGGGACAGAAGAAGAAAGCAGAGAUGAGGAUGCUAUUGGACCUUUGCCAUCAGAACCAGAACCUGUGCCAAGCCCACCUCCUGCCCAGAGCAGCAGAGUAGAGGUCAUCACCCAGGAGCGGAGGGACACCCGGCCCGGGGUGCCAUACAUCCGGGAGUGGGACCGGGGAAAAGAAUUUUCCUUUGGACAGUGGUCCAAGAGGCAGUCAGCUCUCCGGGCCGAGCGAGAUCCCGAGUUUGCCCCACCUUCAGCUUACUUCAUGGGACAGAAAAGAAUGGGGCCUUCAAGCAGCCAGCCAUGGAGCAGACCCGGAGUGGCCCCGAGCAGCCCUGGGCAGCAGGCGGACCAGGGCCAGGAGCCCCACCCUGCUCGUGUGCCACCUGCUCCUGGGCCUGGAGGCCCCCCACAGGCCCCCACAGUCACUUUUGCAACUCUGGAUGACAUGAUCUCAUACUAUAAACAAGUGACAUGACCCUUUCGGUACUCUGACUUGGGCUGAGCCGGGCCUUCAUCCUCCCACUCCUGCUCAGAGCCACAGUGGGUCCUUGGCCCCUUACCACCAUCUCCUUGCUGGUGUGGAGCAGCCUCCCUGCUCCCCUCCAGGCCCCAUUUCCCUCGUGUGGACUUGACCGUGAGUGCUUGGAGGCAGACAUUGUCUGUGCUAUAAAACUGGAUGCUGAAGCGCCUAUGGACCUGUCUGUGACACCUUAUGCCCUGGCUUGGGGCUGAGGGUUCCAUUCCACACCUUUGCCCACAUGGGCGGGUGGAGGCUUCACUCCCAAGCUCAGAUCUCAGCCAGGUAAAGGAGCACGGGCCAGGAAGGCCCAGUAGGGAGGCAGAAGAGGCCCAGGGCUUGGGCCCCAGGGCUGGAGGCAUGGGACACAGUGCCAUCAGACACUGAGGCCAGGUGGAGCAACACCUCUGUAACCCAGGAAGGUAGCAGGGAGACACUAGCUUCCAUUGUCACACUGUCCUGUCCUCCAUGCCCCUGUAUAUACUAUGGCCAUCUGAUACAUGUAUGUUGAUGAUUUGGGUGUCUUGUGGCUGCUGGGCCUGUCAGAGAUGAUGUCCCUAGUUGUCACAGUCAGAGCUUUUAGCUCCUGUACUGCCACCCAGUGCCCCUCCCCACCAGGCCUGGCUUCUGGGUCAGACUAGGGCCUGUGGGGAGAGGCAGGCUGGCCCUUGUCCUCACUGACCAGGGUGUUGUGUGGGCGGGGCUCCAGGAGCACGGCCCUGCACCCAGGUCCCAUCACAGCUGUAGACAAGUAGCUGGGGGUUGGUCACCAGGCCCUGGGACUCCCACAGCUGGCUCCAGGCUGGUAGCUCAAGAAGAACUCUGAUAAGAUUAUUUUUAGUAUUAGAAGUUGAACCUAGCACCUUCACACUGUAUCCCUAACCUUUAUUUAAUUUUUGAUACCUGGGUCUCUGAGUCACUAAGUUUGCCCAGGCCAGCCUAGAAUUUGAAUCCUGCAUCAGCCACCCAGUGUCCUAUGUAUAAGUGUGUGCCACUGUGCCCAUUCAGCACAGGUUUCCAAAGUGCCCUGAGGCAUGGGAGGGAGAGGAGUGAGGGAAUAGUGCUCCCUCAAUGACCUCUUCCCCAGCCCCUGAGUACGGUUGGCCAUCCUGGUGUGGCAGGGUCCGGACUGGUGCUUUCUCCAUUGCUCAUGGCUCUAGUCUUGCCCAGCAUCCAGCAGGUUUAGGCAAAGAUCCGAAUUCCUAGAAACUUGUCUCUGAGCCCCAGAGCAAGGGCAAAGUGCCAGACCUGUUUGUUCGGUUACGGGCCUCAUCAGGCUAAUAACUAAAUACACACUAAAGCCUAGCUGCCUUGUUUGUACAGAUGAGCUAACCCUAAAACUCAUCUGGGUGCUCAAGGGGCCCAGAGUUGCCACAUGAGCCAUGGUAGGAACAAAGGUGGGACUCGGUUAAUGGUUUCAAGACAUCCCACAAAGCCGCUGUUGUCCAAGGCACAUGGAGCUGGUGCAGUGGGAAGGAAUAGAGGAACCCAUGUGCCUGGCUGGGCAGCUGUUGCCAAGGACACUGACCCCAUGGGGGGAGAGCAGUGUCUCCUGGGCAUGAGAGGGCAUUCUGGGCUCUGCUUGUACAGAAUCUGUACCCACUGUACCAAGAGCUCGAUGUAAGGGUGAGGCAACAAAACCAACUGAAACAGCUCCUAGGAUAAGGGAGAGACAGUAAAAGUGGAAUACUAAGCCUGGCGUGGUGGCACACUCCUGUAAUCCCAGCACUCGGGAGGCUGAGGCAGGAGG